AUCAGAUCAGAUAAGGUACAGACAAGUCGAUAAGAAGUAAGAACUUCACUCUUCUUCUUCUUCUUCUUCCACAAAACAAUGCUGUCUGCAACUGUAAACACCCACAUACCAAUCUCUGUUUCAAAUCUAACCAAACCCUAUUCUUCUCCAUUCAUAUCUCCAACUCAUCUCCAUCUCUUCACAGUCCAUUCACCUUCAUCAAAAACCCUACUAAAACCCAUCUCAGCCUCUCUCAUCCCAGCCAAGCCACCGCCCGUCGGUCAAAACCUAUACCAACCCUUCAGACCUCCGCCUUCUCCGCUCCCUUCUCAGUACAAAACCCUCGACACCGUCGGAAAAAUCGACGUCCUCUCAAACCGCCUUGGUUUAUGGCAUGAAUACGCUCCUUUAAUCACUGCGCUUAUGCAAGAAGGGUUCUCGCCGCCGUUGAUUGAGGAAACCACCGGUAUCUCUGGUGUUCAGCAGAAUUGUCUUAUCGUCGGAGCUCAGGUUCGUGAGUCUUUGAUACAGUGCAAUACCCCAGAGGAAAUUGUGUCUGAAUUUGAUACAGGCGGCGCUGAGUUAUUGUAUGAAAUUCGGCUGCUGAGCGCUUCUCAGCGCACGGCGGCUGCGGCUUACAUUGUCAACAACAAGCUGGAUACGAAAGGGGCUCAGGAUUUGGCUCGGGCCAUGAAGGAUUUUCCUAGCCGGCGUGGGGAUGUUGGGUGGGAAAGUUAUGAUUUUACUCUCCCUGGAGAUUGUUUGUCUUAUAUGUAUUUUAGACAGGCUAGAGAACAUAGGAACCCGUCGGAGCAGAGGGCUAAUGCUUUAGAGUUGGCGUUGGAGGUUGCUGAGUCCGAAAAGGCGAGAAAUGAGGUUGAAAGGGAGAUGAGUGGAGACGGUAAAGGAGGAGAGGCGGUGAGAGACGUUCCGGAUGUUCGAGUGCCGGUUGUUAGACUGCGAAUCGGGGAGGUUGCUGAGUCGACUAGUGUGGUGGUUUUGCCUGUUUGUAGAGCGGAAUAUCGGGAAAACGAGAUUUCGGAAGCUCCGUGGGAGUGUAAGAGCGAAGGCGAGUUUGGCGUAGUGGUGGCGGAGAAGGCUUGGAAUAGAUGGGUGGUGUUUCCGAGAUGGGAGCCGCUUUUGGGGUUGGAUAAAGGAGGAGUUGUGAUUGCGUUUGCGGAUGCUAGGGCAUUGCCUUGGAAGGCAAAUAGAUGGUAUAAAGAAGAGUCAAUUUUGGUUGUAGCUGAUAGAGGGAGGAAGGAAGUGGAUGUAGAUGAUGGGUUUUAUUUGGUACUUACUGGCGGAAGUGGCGAUGGCCGGAGCAGCGAAUUGAAGGUAGAGAGGGGUUCCACAUUGAAGGAAAGAGGUGUAGUGGAGAGUUUAGCGACUGUUGUGUUGGUGGUUCGGCCGCCGAAAGACGAGAUUGAUGAUCAAUUAGCUGAUGAAGAUUGGGAUUGAUAAAUGUUUGUUAAUGAGCAAUGCAAUAUAAAUCUUUUGAUCAUAUGGGAGUUAGAUUUGGUGAAGAAACAUAAGCUUUACAUUUACAAUACCCAAUAGCAGAAUUUUGCUAUUAGUUUUGUUGCCAAAAUAAGUACUAUUGUUGUAUUUAGAUUACUAUGCAAAAUGUUAUUAGGUCAAUACAUUUUUUGUAUCAAAGUUUGUUAUUUAUGCAUUUUUGAAAUAAAAUUGGACUUUUAAAGUCAUAAUUUGAUA